AUGGCAAAAAUAGAAGAGAUUUCGCCUGAACAAGAACAAGCGCAGUCAAAAGACACGAAAAAUAAUAUCACAUCGACAAAAGAGCAAGAACAUGAAAAUACAAACACCAGUAAUUUAAAUCCCACUGAAUCCACGGAUCGAAAUAAGAUUGAAAGGAACGAAAAAGAGCAAGAGCAAACAAAUGACAACGAAAAUGAAAACGAAACCACGCCAAAAUUCACACCCCAAGAGAUAAAAGAACUAAUACAAGAAGCAAACCUAAUAAAAUCACACGGCAACGAACUAUUCUCCAAUAAUCGAUACGAGGAUGCAAUUCAGCAGUAUCAAAAGGCUUUGGACACGUGUCCUGUCGAGUGUAGAGUGGAACGUGCGGUUUUUUGGGGAAAUAUCGGCGCUUGCGAAAUUAAACUGGAGAAUUAUAAUCGAGCUGUGGAUGCUUGUAAUAAAGCAUUGGAAGAUUCACCAAAUUACACAAAAGUACGCUUAAGGCGUGCACAAAUCAAUGAAAAAAUAGGAUCGCAUUCAUCACUAGUUAGUGCACAAGAAGACUACAACCUAAUACUAACCACCUACCAAAAAGAAUUCAACCAACUCCCACACUCCACCCAGAAAUCCAUAGAAUCUUCGCUCUCGCAACUACCCCAAAGAAUCGCACAAGCUCAAGAGCGUGAAAAAGAAGAAAUGAUUAGUAAGUUUAAGGAUUUGGGAAAUACGUUGUUAGGAAAAUUUGGAUUGUCAACUGAUAAUUUCAGCAUGGUGAAGAAUGAAGAGAGUGGUGGAUAUAGUAUUCAGUUUAAUAACACUAAGAAGAGUGAUGGUGACAGUAAUGAUACAUGA